CAGUCAAUUAGAUCUAACUUUGAUGGAAGACAACCACAAACCUAAUGAUAAUCCAAAUUCUGAUUGAAAUCUAUCGAAAAUGAAGCAAAAAUUGAUCGUUUUUAUUUCUCUGGCAGCACUGGCACUCGUCAAUGCUAACUCAGGUCCACCUACACCGCCCCCCAUAAAUAAUCUGAUCGUUCAGUACGCCCAAAGGCUUCAGCAACAGCUGAAUGACAUAGUGAACUUGUCGUCCGCCCCCGCACAGGUUAAGGAAGCGAUUCGGCUGAAGUAUUCCGGCCAACUGACGGAUUGUCAGACAGCUGCCCAGGGGACGGACAUUAUGGGCUUUGUCCGUUGUACAACCCGUGUCAUCGAAGAGGCUAACGUUGCUCUUUGGAGCUAUUGAUUGUUUUUUUAAGGUUUGAAAAUAUACGACGAACUAAAUCAACAUCACAUCACAUGACAUCUCAAUCGCUGAAUGAUGUCUUGUUCCUUUUUCCCCAACGACAACCCGGGGUGGAAAGUUUAAGUUAUUACGAUGAUUAAUACGAGCAGAUAAGACGGCAAACUAAUUUUUGCUAUCAUCGUCGUGUUUUCCUCCCUGCCAACCUCGGAGUCCCGUACCAAAGCUUUUGACGACAAGCUCGCUAAGCCUGCGAGAGCUUUGUCCUGGCGGUGUCUACACUAGUCUGUCAACAGGCAUUCCAUCCCCCGACUUGCCCGACGUGUAUGAUUGUGUGUGAGAGUACGAUUGCGGCGGUUCUCCAGU